GUAUAUUCAGAUCUUUCAAUGGUGAGUGGUGCACCUCUUAUUACUGUUGACCCAGAUGACACAGCCACUUAUGCUUUGAUUAUAUCUCCGUGGAGACGAGGAGUCUUUCAAGGUGUAAUUUCAUUUGUUGCUGAAUGUGAAGACCAACAGCAGCCUCGAGAUAACAGCUCACCAGAGAAGACAGAUGGUGAACAGUCCCUUCAGAAAUUGUCAACAGAGACACCACAAACUCUUGAUGCAGCAAACAUGGGAGGAAGUUCUUCAAAUUGCAAAGUGUGGUUCUCCUUAAAGAUUAACAGCAGACCUGCAGCACCAGAAAAAACCAUAGAUGUGAAGUGCAGAGCUCUGACUUCUGAAGCAUCAGAAAUUGGUUACAGCAAACGUAAAGUUGUCAGGACAGAAUUUUUAAACCAGCAAGGUGUAAUGGUUAAUGGUAGACGUGGCCACAGUGACUACCAUCCUACAGACAGUGAGGGAGGCCCCAGGAAGGAUACUGUUGAAAUCCAUAUUCCCAUCACUAAUCCUGCAGAUAAUAUUCUCCAGAUGAAUGUGGUGCUGGACAAUCCAUCCCUUUGUGGACAAAAGGCUUUCACUCUUAGUCCCAAACAAACAUUUUUGUAUCAAUUCAAGUUUUCCCCAGCAGCUGUUGGCACGUUUGAAGGCAGUGUCAUAUUCCUGUCAGAUGUGGUUGCAGAGUUUUGGUAUGCCCUGAAAUUGAUUGUAGAGGAACCACUGCCAACCAAUCUGCCUGAAAUAGAAUGUGAGCUUGGAAAAUGUGCUUCUCUAUACAUACCUCUUUCUAAUCCUACACACGAAACUCUGGAGAUAGAAAUUUCUAACAGCAAUCCUAAUAAUUUUUCCACUGAGACUGGCCCAGAACACCUUCUGACUGUUGCUCCUCGUUCCACCAUGGAAGUGCCUGUGCAGUUCUGUCCAUCUGCCCUUGGAAGAGGCAAUCACAGGGCGACAAUAACCUUCAGAUGCUCACAGAUUCAGGAAUGGAUAUUUUACCUUUCGGGGACUGGUGUUCCUCCUCAGCUGAUGGAACCAACGAGCAUAAGUGCCUGCAUUGGCCAAUCUUCUUCUGCCAUCAUCUCCUUCAAAAAUCCAACCUCUGAAAACGUGGUGGCAGAUGUUGUGCUGACAGAUCAGGAGCUGCCCAGUUGUCAUCUCAGUGCAUCUGUCCUGUUAAAGUCUACCAGUAAGGAAUCUGCUUUUCGUCUUGUGAUUAAACAACCACAAGGAAUCCGAUUAGGUCCAAAAGAAAACCUGAACAUCCCAGUGUUAUUCAUGCCAGAUGCAAUCAAAAUGUAUGAAGCUAAGGUGGUAAUUCAUGUAAUGAGAGAAAAUGGUGAAAACUGGCCUUAUGAGGACUCUGCUGAAUUAAAUAAAGACUUAAGAAGCAAUGUCACUGUGGCAGAAAAUGGGGAAAUUCAGGGAAUACUCUGGAUCUAUCCAGUCCAUGGAAUACCUGAAGCACCACUGCAGAAGUUACGUCCAGCUGUGGUAUGCUGUCAAGCCAGGCAGAGAGUAGAACAAAGAGUAGAAGUGCUGCUGACUGGUAUAGUUCCUGCUGCAACUGCCGUGCCUGCUGCAAGAAGCUCUGCCAUGGUCAAUAUAAAUGCAUCAGCCAACAUCCAAAAAGUUGAAGUCACUGAUGGUUUCUCUGCAACAGUGGAGUUUCUGUAUGAGUUGCAAUAUCAAUCAAAUGAAAUUAAAUCUCAGCUUGACUCUCUUGUUGGUAUACAUCUGGUUCAAAGAGAAUGGGAUACAGAAUCCAGAAUCGUAACACUGGUUUUUGAUAUAGUGUUUGCACCUAACAAACCAAUGAGGAACAAAGCAACUCUGGUAGUGCAAUGUGCUACAGGAGGUGUUUGGAAGUUUCCAGUGCUGUUCAUUGCUAUGGAGCCAGAAGUGGAUGAUGUGAUCAACAUUGAAGCAGUUGGGCUGAAUAAGGAAUCUACAGUAGACAUUAAGCUCACAAGCCAGACAAGGGACCCAGAGCCAUUCAGUGCACACUUCCUGGCAGGCAGCGACCCUGAGUUCCUCGUAACGCCACGUGCUGGAGAGCUGCUCCCUGCAGGCACUGUGGGAACACAAAUCACCGUGGGGUUCAAGCCAAGGAUGUAUGGCAAGAAGCACAGAGCAACUCUGGUCAUUGAGACACAGUCAAUGCAGUGGAGAUAUGAAAUCAAUGGAUUGCCUCCACAGACUGUACCACCUACAGGGACAGCAAAACUAACUACCACGAGCAGUUCCGUAGGAUCGACCACCGUUCGACAGCGCAAUUUUGUACGUGAAAAUCUGAAACUUACAACCACUGCAGUAUCCUCACCAGUCCAGGGGGCACCUUUGCUCCUGAGAACAAAACAAGGAAA